CCAAUCCGGAACCGCAGUUUCUCUCUCUCGCUCUCUCUCUCCAAAACCGGAUCCGCGUUUCGUUUCGUGAGGGAGGGAGAUGGCCGGCGGCGGCGUGGAGGACGCGUACGGCGAGGACAGGGCCACCGAGGAGCAGCUCGUCACCCCCUGGUCCUUCUCCGUCGCCAGUGGGUACACGCUGCUGAGGGACCCGCGGCACAACAAGGGGCUGGCCUUCUCGGAGGCGGAGCGCGACGCGCACUACCUCCGCGGCCUCCUCCCCCCCUCCAUCGUCUCCCAGGAGCUCCAGGAGAAGAAGCUCAUGCACAACCUCCGCAACUACACCGUCCCGCUGCAGCGCUACAUCGCCAUGAUGGACCUCCAGGAGCGCAACGAGCGGCUCUUCUACAAGCUCCUCAUCGACAACGUCGAGGAGCUGCUGCCGGUCGUGUACACGCCCACCGUCGGCGAGGCCUGCCAGAAGUACGGCAGCAUCUACCGCCGGCCCCAGGGCCUGUACAUCAGCCUCAGGGACAAGGGUAAGAUCCUUGAGGUGCUCAAGAACUGGCCGGAGAGGAGCAUCCAGGUGAUCGUCGUCACCGACGGCGAGCGCAUUCUUGGCCUUGGUGAUCUUGGCUGUCAGGGGAUGGGUAUUCCUGUCGGCAAACUGUCCCUCUACACUGCCCUCGGAGGAGUUCGUCCGUCAGCUUGCCUGCCAAUUACGAUUGACGUCGGUACGAACAACGAGACGCUGCUCAACGACGAGUUCUACAUUGGGCUCAAGCAACGCCGGGCUACUGGCGAGGAAUACCACGAGCUUCUUGAGGAGUUUAUGACCGCAGUCAAGCAAAACUACGGCGAGAAAGUGCUCAUUCAGUUCGAAGACUUUGCCAACCACAAUGCUUUUGACUUGCUUGCAAAGUACAGCAAGAGCCACCUGGUCUUCAACGACGAUAUUCAGGGAACAGCAUCUGUGGUCCUCGCAGGUCUGAUUGCUGCGCUGAAGGUGGUCGGUGGAACACUUGCAGAUCACACCUACCUGUUCCUGGGUGCCGGUGAGGCUGGAACUGGCAUCGCAGAGCUCAUCGCCCUCGAGAUGUCUAAGCAGACUGAGAUUCCGAUCGAGGAGUGCCGCAAGAAGGUGUGGCUGGUGGACUCGAGGGGACUGAUCGUGGAGUCGAGGAAGGAGUCGCUGCAGCACUUCAAGCAGCCAUGGGCGCACGAGCAUGAACCCGUGAAGACGCUGCUGGAGGCCGUGCAGGACCUCAAGCCGACCGUGCUCAUCGGCACCUCCGGCGUCGGCAAGACCUUCACCAAGGAGGUGGUCGAGGCCAUGGCCACCUUCAACGAGAGACCCGUCAUCUUCGCCCUGUCCAACCCGACGUCGCACUCGGAGUGCACCGCAGAGGAGGCGUACACCUGGACCCAGGGGCGCGCGGUGUUCGCGAGCGGGAGCCCGUUCGACGCGGUGGAGUACGAGGGGAAGACGCACGUGCCGGGGCAGUCGAACAACGCCUACAUCUUCCCGGGGUUCGGGCUGGGCGUGGUGAUCUCCGGCGCCAUCCGCGUCCACGACGACAUGCUGCUGGCGGCGUCGAGGGCGCUGGCGGAGCAGGUGAGCGAGGACAACUUCGCGCGGGGGCUCAUCUUCCCGCCCUUCACCAACAUCCGCAAGAUCUCCGCGCACAUCGCCGCCAAGGUGGCCGCCAAGGCCUACGACCUCGGCCUCGCCAGCCGCCUCCCGCGCCCCGACGACCUCGUCAAGUACGCCGAGAGCUGCAUGUACACCCCGGCCUACCGCAGCUACCGCUGAUGACGAUGACCAAGACGAAGACGAAGCAAUAAACGUUAUCCGAAUUAUUCUUGGCGCCAACACAUCUUCCCGCCAUUAGACGAGUUUUGAUUUCGUGUACCCAUACACACAUACAUACGUACGUUAUCACGUAUACUGCAUACAUGCAUACAUCGAUUCUUUCUUUUCUUUCUUUUUUUUGACAGCUUGAGUUAUACUUGGUAGAGUGUAAUAGCAAUUACAUGAUUUACAUUUGAGUUAAUUCAUAUUCAGUUUAUACAUACAGUGUAAUGGUAGCAGUCAUCAGUCAUCACAUUUUUGGGUUUCUUACCCAGGUUCAGUUCUUAUAUAUAUGUGUCGGUAUCAUUUUGUUCAAAAACAAUAAACAGAGUGAAAGCAGAGAUGUUGCACAGCUA